ACGAACAGUCAAAACAGCAUUAACUCUUUGGAAGCAGUUUGGUGGUAGAGUAACUAGUGCUGAAAUUUUGAGAAUACAAAUGGGAUUAUACAAAAACUGGGAACCUCCAUUUAAGGAUAAAUUUAUUGAAUCAGUUGAUAAUAUUCCUCUACAAUUAAAUGCAAUUACACCUCAUAAUGCAGUUUGUGAACGUGUUUUUUCUAUUCUAAACUGGUAUAUGGGAAAAUAUCGUACAAAAAAUUUGCAAGACAAAUUAAUGCAAGUUUUUGAUGAAAUCACAUAUGCUAUGAUAGAAGAGUGUGAUAUGUUUGAUGAUAAGAAUGAAAAUAACUAUAAAGAAGAAGAAUUCGCUGAUGAAGAAUCAAAUGAAGAAAAAUUGUCAGAUACUAAAAAUGGAAAUAUUUCGCAAUUAGAAAUAGAAAAUUUUAUUUGUUUAGAGCAUAGAAUUUUAAAUAAUAAUGAUGAUGAUAUUUCUAGUAAUUCUGAUGUUAUUAAUCAUGGCGAUCCCAAUUUUGAUAUCGAUACUUUGCUUGAUAAAUUAGAAUAA